CAGUCCAUAUACAUAUCGAGGAGAGACUGCUUUUCGCGCUCUCCCUCAUUCUUGUGCAGAGUGCCUCCCUCUCCCUCUCCUCAGUCCUCACCUACUCUCUCUCUCUCUCUCUCUCUCUCUCUCUAAAUUAAACUCCUCAACCUUCUUAUAAAUAACCUUACCUUCCUUCCCUUCCCUGUUCUCUCUCUCUCUCUCUCUCUCUCUCUGUCCCUUUACCUCCCCUCCUUUAUCUCUCUAUAAUCUCUUCCUUUCUCUACAGAUUCUCUUACACAUCACAAUUAAUUUUCUCUUCGUAUACAUAGAGCAUUCCUAUAUAUAUAUAGAGAGAGAGAGAUUGAGAAGUGAGAACUCUGUUACAUCCACAAUGUCGGUAUCUAGAGACGAUGAUCCUCGAAUUCAUGGCAUCAAAUCUAAAAUCCGUGUUGUCCCUAACUUCCCCAAGCAAGGAAUAAUGUUUCAAGACAUCACUACAUUGUUACUCGAUCCAGAGGCCUUCAAAGACACGAUCGAUUUGUUCGUCGAGCGGUACAAAGGCAAAAACAUAUCAGUAGUUGCAGGAAUAGAGGCUCGGGGUUUUAUAUUUGGUCCACCCAUUGCAUUGGCAAUAGGAGCAAAGUUUGUCCCCUUGCGAAAACCGAAGAAGUUACCUGGUGAAGUUAUUUCGGAAGAGUAUAUCUUGGAAUAUGGAAGAGAUUGUCUUGAGAUGCAUGUUGGUGCAGUUGUAGCUGGUGAACGUGCUUUGGUAGUUGAUGAUUUGAUUGCUACUGGUGGCACUCUUUGUGCGGCUAUGAAUUUACUGGCAAACAACACUUCCUCUUCUAAUCGGUGCAUAUUCGGAUCUUGUUGUGAAAAACCAUACCACAACGGGCGGGAGCUGAAGUUGUUGAAUGUGCUUGCGUAAUUGAAUUGCCAGAUUUAAAGGGCCAUGAGCGAUUGAAAGGCAAGCCAUUAUAUGUACUUGUGGAGUCUCAUUAGCACUGGCAGAUGACAAUACAUUUCUGUCGGCAUGUUGUAGCUUGACAAAUACAUUGGUGGACUGGAAUCUUCUUUCAUUUUUAUGCCCCAUUGCUAUGAGUAGUGAACUUGAUGAACCUCAACAAUUGAGACCUUUGUUUCUUUUCUAGCAUAGAAACAUUAAAUUUAUGCACAGAGGACUUGUUGAGAUAAUCUUGUAGGAAUUUCUCAUUUUCUCUGGAGGAUGUAUUAUAUAGCCCUUCUUGGAUUUGUUUUUGGACUCAGCUUUUCUGAAUAACGUUGGUGCAUUUGGCUGUA